UUUUCAAAGCGUCUUUUUUAUUAAGAGUGAGAGCGAGCUUGCGAGAAGGAUAAGGAGUCAGAGGGUCUCACACUCACUCUGAGUCUCACUGUGAUCUGACUGAGCGAGAGAGCAAUGGCAGCUUCGCAAUUCUCUGCAACUCCGACUCGGCCAGAGGCAUUGACGCAAUGCAAUUCUCUCACUCGAUUGUUCGGGUUCGGUUCCAGAAGCAGCAGAUCAAAGGUGUUGUCGAUCAGGACCUUGAGUUCGCGGCCUUCGAGGCGGCGUUUCUCGGUGAAGAACGUAUCCGGAGAGACGAAGCAGAAACUGAAGGAUCCGAUCACUGAAGAAGAAGCUCCAACCACUCACACUUCAUUCAAACCGGAUGCUGCAUCUAUUGCCUCAAGUAUCAAGUACCAUGCAGAGUUCACCCCGUUGUUUUCUCCAGAGCGCUUUGAGCUUCCAAAGGCUUUCUUUGCAACUGCACAAACUGUUCGUGAUGCUCUCAUUAUUAAUUGGAAUGCAACAUAUGAUUAUCACGAAAAUUUGAAUGUAAAGCAAGCAUACUAUUUGUCGAUGGAAUUUCUGCAGGGUAGAGCGUUGUUAAAUGCAAUUGGUAAUUUAGAGCUCACUGGUGCUUAUGCAGAGGCUUUGAGAAAGCUUGGACACAAAUUAGAACAUGUGGCUUCCCAGGAGCCUGAUGCUGCACUUGGUAAUGGGGGUCUUGGGCGCCUUGCCUCCUGUUUUUUGGACUCUUUGGCAACAUUAAAUUACCCAGCAUGGGGUUAUGGACUUAGAUACAAGUAUGGCUUGUUUAAACAGCGGAUUACGAAAGAUGGGCAGGAGGAAGUUGCUGAGGAUUGGCUUGAGAUGGGCAAUCCCUGGGAAAUUGUAAGAAAUGAUGUCUCAUAUCCUGUAAAAUUUUACGGCAACGUUGCCUCAGGAUCAGAUGGAAAAAGACACUGGAUUGGAGGAGAAGAUAUAAAGGCUGUUGCCUAUGAUGUUCCGAUACCAGGAUAUAAAACUAAAACCACUAUCAACCUGCGACUUUGGUCGACCAAAGCUCUGUCAGAAGAUUUUGACUUAUAUGCUUUUAACUCCGGAGAGCACACCAAAGCAUAUGAGGCCCUAACAAGUGCUGAGAAGAUUUGUUAUGUACUCUACCCUGGGGAUGAAUCAAUGGAGGGGAAGGUCCUUCGUUUGAAGCAACAAUACACUUUGUGUUCGGCUUCUCUCCAAGAUAUGAUUGCACGUUUCGAGAGAAGAUCUGGAGCAAAUGUAAAAUGGGAAGAGUUUCCUAAGAAGGUUGCAGUACAGAUGAAUGAUACUCACCCAACUCUCUGUAUCCCAGAACUGAUGAGAAUUUUGAUAGAUUUGAAGGGUUUAAGCUGGAAAGAGGCCUGGAAUAUCACCCAGAGAACUGUAGCAUAUACAAAUCAUACUGUUCUUCCCGAGGCAUUGGAGAAAUGGAGUUUAGAACUUAUGCAGAAAUUGCUUCCUCGACAUGUUGAGAUCAUAGAAAUGAUUGAUGAAGAGCUUAUUCAAACCAUAGUGUCCGAGUAUGGUACAGCAGAUUCUGAAUUAUUGGGGAAAAAAUUGAAGGAGAUGAGAAUAUUAGAAAAUGUUGAUCUCCCUGCUGCCUUAGCGGAUUUACUUAAGCCCAAGGAAAGCCCUGUUGUUGUUACCAGUGAGGAACUUGAAAAGUCUGAAGAAUCAGUUGAACCUGUUGAUGAAGAAGAUGGAUCUGAAGAAGCAGUUGAACCUGUUGAUGAAGAAGAUGGAUCUGAAGAGAAAGUCACUCAGAAAAAGAAAGUGGUGUUACCUGAACCAGUACCAGAACCACCGAAGAUGGUAUUGGGGAAAAAAUUGAAGGAGAUGAAAAUAUUAGAAAAUGUUGAUCUCCCUGCUGCCAUAGCGGAUUUACUUAAGCCCAAGGAAAGCCCUGUUGUUGUUACCAGUGAGGAACUUGAAAAGUCUGAAGAAUCAGUUGAACCUGUUGAUGAAGAAGAUGGAUCUGAAGAAGCAGUUGAACCUGUUGAUGAAGAAGAUGGAUUUGAAGAGAAAGUCACUCAGAAAAAGAAAGUGGUGUUACCUGAACCAGUACCAGAACCACCGAAGAUGGUUCGUAUGGCUAAUCUUUGUGUUGUGGGGGGUCAUGCAGUAAAUGGGGUUGCUGAGAUACAUAGUGAAAUAGUAAAGGAGGACGUAUUUAAUGCAUUUUUUAAGUUGUGGCCUGAGAAAUUUCAAAAUAAGACAAAUGGGGUGACGCCUAGAAGGUGGAUCAGCUUCUGCAAUCCAGAUUUAAGUAAAAUAAUAACUGACUGGACUGGCUCAGAAGAAUGGGUCCUAAAUACUGAAAAUCUGGCAGAGUUGCGAAAGUUUGCAGAUAAUGAAGAACUCCAUACGCAGUGGAGGGCGGCAAAAAGGAGCAAUAAGAUGAAAGUUGUAUCAUUCCUCAAAGAGAAAACAGGGUAUUCUGUCAGUCCUGAUGCAAUGUUUGAUAUCCAGGUGAAGCGCAUCCAUGAAUACAAGAGGCAACUGAUGAAUAUCUUGGGAAUUGUUUACCGCUACAAGACGAUGAAAGAAAUGAGUGCGGCAGAAAGGAGAGCAAAGUUUGUUCCACGAGUUUGUAUAUUUGGAGGAAAAGCAUUUUCUACGUAUGUGCAAGCCAAGAGAAUUGUGAAAUUUAUCACUGAUGUUGGGGCUACAGUAAACCAUGAUCCUGAAAUAGGUGACUUACUGAAGGUUGUUUUCGUCCCUGAUUACAAUGUUAGCGUCGCUGAAUUGCUUAUUCCUGCAAGUGAGCUAUCACAGCAUAUAAGUACUGCUGGGAUGGAGGCCAGUGGAACUAGCAACAUGAAGUUUGCAAUGAAUGGCUGCAUUCUGAUUGGGACCCUGGAUGGUGCGAAUGUUGAAAUAAGAGAAGAGGUUGGACAGGACAACUUUUUCCUCUUUGGUGCCAAAGCUCACGAGAUUGCUGGGCUCAGGAAGGAAAGAGCUGAGGGGAAGUUUGUUCCGGAUCCGCGUUUUGAGGAAGUCAAAGAAUUUGUUAGAAGUGGUGCUUUUGGGUCUUACAGCUAUGAUGAACUAAUCGGAUCUUUGGAAGGAAAUGAAGGUUUUGGCCGUGCUGAUUAUUUCCUCGUGGGCAAGGACUUCCCCAGCUACAUAGAAUGCCAAGAGAAGGUUGAUGAGGCAUAUCGAGAGCAAAAGAUAUGGACAAAAAUGUCGAUCUUGAAUACAGCGGGUUCAUACAAGUUCAGCAGUGACAGAACGAUCCGUGAGUAUGCCAAGGACAUAUGGAACAUUGAACCUGUCCAAUUGCCAUAGAAGUGUAUAUCUAUAGAGAGUGGUAAUAAAUGGUGUUGGUGCAGAGUGUUGAUGCCAGUGGCCGUUCAUUGUUACUCUUUUGGUAUGUUCGUCUUUUCACUAUGUAAAGUAAAAUGCUGGGAGCGAGGUGUAGAUCAAAAUAAAAUUAUGUAAUAAAUGUGAUCCGGAGCGUUCGGCUUUCAAUUUUUCCAUGGAUCACCCACCAGUUACCAUGGUUGAACCUUUGUAAGAGACGUUGAAUAACCGGAUGCUUAGUCUUGAAUAAAGUUGAUUAGAUUUUCUGGUUAA